AUGGCCAUUGACAUCAAGGAUCAAGUUGUGCAGGAGAUCAAGUCUUCAGCAUUUGGCUUAUUUUCAAUUCAACUUGAUGAAUCGACUGAUGUGGCAUCGUGUUCCCAGUUGAUGGUGUUAGCAAGGUAUGUUCACUCAGGUUCAUUUAAAGAGGAGUUUCUCUUUUGUUCUUCUCUUGAAACAACUACCAAGGCCUCGUAUAUUUUGGAAAAGGUUUCAUCUUUCUUUGAAUCAGAAAAUCUUUUGUGGGAUAAUAUCUGUAGGUGCUGUACAGAUGGAGCACCAGCUAUGUUGGGGACAAAAUCAGGAUUUCAAGUUUGUGUGAAAAAGCGAGCUCCAAAAGUGAAAGGCAUUCAUUAUAUGAUCCAUCGUCAGGCACUGGCCUCAAAAACACUUCCAGCUCCGCUAGGGAAGGUUUUGGAUCAAACAAUUCAAAUUGUGAAUUUUGUCAAAGGAGGAGCUCUCAACUCACGACUUUUCAAGCAGUUAUGUACCGACAUGGAUGCAGCCCAUUAUUUGCUUCUUUUCCACACAAAUGUUCGAUGGCUGUCAAGAGGAAAUGUAACUGAGCGAAUAUUUGAGCUUAGAGAUGAGCUCAAAUUAUUUUUUGAAGUUCAGGGUAAGAUGGAAUUUUUUGCCUGGCUGGAUGAUGAGGAAUGGCUCAUGCGCCUUGCCUAUUUGGUUGAUAUUUUUGAGCAGCUGGAUAAACUGAAUCUUCAGAUGCAAGGAAGGAAUACAAACAUCAUAAAAUUCAUGGAUGCCUUGAAAGCUUUCAUGACAUUUGAUACACUGGAAAAUGAAUUCAGCCGAUAUUUUCCUGAACUCAGUGAUGAUGAGUUGCAUUUAGUGCGAAAUCCAUUCAAAUUGUCAGUUGAAAAAGUUCCUGAUGAUUGUCAAGAUGAAUUUCUGGAGCUGAAAACUGAUUCGGGAGCAAGAGCUCACAUGGUGGCGGUAAUGGAAGUAAUGAUCGCAUUAAGCAAGCCACAAGUGGGUGACUCAGAUGAACGAUGGCCGACCCACAGCAGUACGGUGCACCAGCGUCCAAG